AUGAGCACAAACACUUUAAUUGAAAGACCAGAGCAAAGACCAGAAGUUAUUGAUGAAAUUUUAACCACAUUAAAAAGAUAUGAUGUAUCUGUUAUCAAAGAUUUAGAAGAUUACUUAUUUGAUCAAUAUGAAAAUGGAUUCAGUGAUUUAAAUUCCAACUUGGCUUUAUUAAAAUUAUAUGAAUUAAGUGAUGAAACUUCAGUUGAAAGACAAGACUCCACUAUAAAGAUUUUAGUUAAAGGUUUGAUCCAAUUCACAAGCUCAGAUUUUACAUUAUACCUCCAUUUAUUACCACCAUACAUCUUUUCAACUAAAAAUGAAUACACUGAAAGAAUUCAAGGUCUUGUUCAACUUUAUGAGCUAUUAAUUUCAAACAAAUUUGACCAAUUCUUAGCCAAAAACAAAGAAACCUCUUUAGUUGAUGAAAAAAGCGUAAAAUUGAUUGAAGAAACUUUCCAAAAUAAUAAAAAUGCUAAGUUCAUCAUCGGAGAACCUGCCAGUGAAGAAGUUCCAGUUAAUAAAUUAUCAAAAGUUGUUGGUCAACUUUUACAAAAUUAA